AUGGAGCUGUUCGUUGGAAAACCACUUCUCGGACCUGAUGGUUCCGAAUGCGACGUUAAGAGUGCUCUAGAAGGGAAGGUGAUCGCACUGUACUUCUCGGCUAUGUGGUGCCCGUCGUGUCGCCAAUUCACGCCGAAGCUAGUGCGGUUCUACAACGAACUGAAGGAGGCUGGAAAAAAUCUUGAAAUUAUCUUAGUUUCGCGUGAUCGAGAGGAUGAAGACUUGAAGGAAUAUCUCACAGAACAUUGUGGCGGUUGGAUAGCCAUUCCUUUUGGAGAUCCACGAAUUCAGGAGUUUCUUGCAAAAUAUGAAGUUCCAACUAUUCCUGCUUUGAAGGUAUUAAAGGCGGAUGGAUCUAUACUAGUUGCGGACGCCCGCAAUCAAGUACAGGAGAAAGGACGUGAUGAUCCCGUGAAACUUUUCGAGGAAUGGAAAGCGCAGUUGUGA